AUGAGACAUCUAGAUCUAAGGGUUAAUUAUUUCGACAAGGACAUCUUACGGAUUUUGGGUGCUCUCCCGUCACUUAAGUUUCUAUCCUUAGCUGGCAAUGCAAUGGAAGGACCACUUUCUAACCAAGUGUAUUUAACAUAUUGUCCCUUCACUUUCGUAACAAAACUGACUUAUAAUGUUAGCAAUUUGGAGGUCCUCAUCCUCGCAGGCAAUCGGCUCAAUGGAACAUUGCCAAUGGAAGGUUUAGCAUCUUUCAACCAUCUGGAGAUCUUGGAUUUGAGUUCAAAUAAAUUUAAUGGGAGUGUUCCUCCAUUCGUAGCGGCAUCUUCUCUGAAAGCUUUAUAUUUGAGUUCAAAUAAAUUUAACGGUUCUUUACCCAUUCCAGGUUUAUGUGAACUGAAGAAACUUGAAGUGCUCGAUCUCAGCUAUAACCACUUUAAAGGAAUCCUUCCUUCAUGCCUUAGCAAUUUGACGUCUCUCAGGUUGUUUGAUCUUUAUGGGAACCAACUCACUGGAAACCAUUUAUCAUCUCUGCUGGGCAGCCUCAAUUCCCUAGAGUACAUUGAUCUUAGGCAUAAUCGAUUUGAGGGAUUAUUCUCAUUUAGCUCACUUACGAACCAUUCCAUGCUCCAGGUGGUUGCAAUUACAAGUGAUAAUGACAAAUUUGAGGUGGAAACUGAAUAUAAAGAUUGUUUACCCCUGUUUCAGUUGAAGGACCUUGUGCUAUCAAAUUGUAAUUUGAACAAGUUCUCUCAUGAUUUUCCGAAAUUUCUCCUUCACCAGAACAAACUAAGUUCUAUUGAUCUCUCCCACAAUAACUUGGAAGGUUCAUUCCCAAACUGGCUACUUGUGAACAAUACGGAACUGGAAUUUUUAAGCCUGCGGAAUAACUCUUUUGUUGGUGAAUUUUGUUUGUCACCAUAUUACAAUUCUUAUACUAAUUGGAUGGAUGUUUCAAACAAUCAAUUAAUUGGGCAUAUUCAACUUAAUAUGGGCGAGAUGGUUCCAUAUCUUAUACACAUAAACCUAUCCAAGAAUGCUUUUGAAGGUAGUAUCCCAUCCUCAAUAGGUAAGAUGAGAAUUUUGGAGAUUCUAGAUUUAUCCAGUAAUAAUCUUUCAGGAGAAGUACCGAAGCUAUUAGUCAGAAAUUGCAGAUCUCUACGUUCUUUAGCGUUAUCAAAUAACAAAUUUCAUGGCCGAAUGUUUUCAGAUGACUUCAAAUUGACUCAGAUAGAGUAUUUACGAUUGAAUGAUAAUCAGUUUACAGGGCCUUUAACAAAUGUGAUCUUCAAUUUGUCUGAACUACAUUUGCUGGAUAUUAGCAACAACAACAUGUCAGGAUCACUUCCUUCUUGCUCAAACCCAAACUUGGGAAUCGUGAGGCAUAUGCAUUUGCAAGGGAACAAGUUUGCAGGUUUCAUUCCAAAAGCUCUUCUUAAUUCAUCAAAACUUGUGACAUUGGACAUCAGUGACAACAACUUGUCUGGUAGCAUUCCCCCGUCCAUUAGGUUGCUUUCCAACCUCAGCAUUCUUCUAUUGAGAGGAAACCAAUUGGGUGGUUCCAUUCCAACACAACUGUGCCAACUGAAUAAGAUAAGCUUGAUGGAUCUUUCCAAAAACUCUUUUACGGGGUCUAUACCUCAUUGUUUAAGUAAUAUCACAUUUGGGGCAAUAGGGGCUACUGAUCUUGCUUUCACUCAAACACCUUUAAAUUUUUACCCUACUACGGAUAUCCACUAUGUGUAUGAAAAUGUCUUAAACCCACAACUAGAAAGGGCCUUUGAGAUUGAUGGCCCGGAUGGCUCAUAUGAUAAAGUAGAUGAAGUUGAGUUUGUUACUAAAUGUAGGACUAACUCUUACUUGUCUGGCAGCAUCCUUAAUUUCAUGUCCGGAUUGGAUUUGUCAUGUAACAAACUAGCAGGUGAAAUACCUUUUGAACUAGGGAAGUUAAGUAGUGUUCGUGCACUGAACUUGUCUCACAAUCUCUUGACUGGACCCAUCCCGAAGACCUUCUCUAGCCUUACCCAGGUAGAGAGUUUGGACCUUUCUUACAACAAUUUGAGCGGAAACAUCCCAACAGAACUAAUUAAUCGAAAUUUUUUGGAAGUGUUCACUGUGGCUCACAACAAUUUAUCAGGUAAAUUAUUAGACAGGAAAGCACAGUUUGGGACCUUUGAAGCGAGCAGUUAUGAGGGAAAUCUAUUUCUUUGUGGACCACCAUUGGAGAAAAAUUGCAGAGCCAUUGUUGACUUGGCAAACUGGCCAACAACAGCAUCCUCAGAUGAAACUAAGGGGAAAUUGUAUGAUAUCGAUCGAGUGGCUUUUUCUACAAGUUUUGUCGCAACAUACAUUACUUUCUUGUUUGGAUUUGCUGUUGUUCUUUACAUCAACCCGUACUGGCGACAAAGGUGGUUCGAUCUGAUUGAAGAGGGUAUGUGUUCAAGUAAUUAUUUUGUUUAUGAUACUCUUUACAAGCUUUUACGUUUUCAGCCUUCUGUAUAA